AUGCCAGCCACACGAGUAAUCCUGCUGGGUGGACAUCAUCCGCACUUCUACAUCCGAGUACAGAUACUCCAGCAAAGGGACGACAUCGACAUCAUUGGAUUCUGGGAGGAAGACGCGGUCCUUGCCGCCAAGUUGCAGCGACGGCUGAAAGUCCGACGUUUUAUGUCUGAGCACGACCUUGUUGCCCAGGACUUCGACGUGGCAUUGAUCCAUCCACUGGACCACGACAAUCCUCGACUGGCCCUACUCGCCGCCUCCUCAGGGGCCAAAGGGCUAUUGUUGGAGAAGCCCGGCGCCACUCGCCCGGAGCAAAUCUUCAAGCUGGCCCACGAGUUGAAGAAGUGGCCCGACCUGAUCGUCGAGUAUGGAUGGGAGAUGCACUACGCCGAGGUCAUGGACGUGGUGCGCGAUCUGGUGCGCACCGGCGCCCUGGGAGAAAUCACCACUUCGCACUGGCACGGCGGCACGCCGUCGGGAGCUGGCAUGGAGCUGUGGCAACGACAACGCGACACCCUGGGAGGCUUUCUGUACAUGGACGCCAGCCACACGCUAGAAGCGAUCGUCGACGUCUUUGGCCUGCCCGCGAGUAUUUCGGCCAGCGUGCGAAAACUGCCUCCGGGCGCGAAACACCCGAUUGUGAGCUGCUGGUACGACAUGCACGAGGAAGAACUGGAUCCUGCCACGACCGAAUUCGCCGUCGGCCAGUUGCCGUACGAGGACGUCGGCAGCGUCAUCCUCGAGUAUGCCACGCACAACGUCGUGGCCGAUUUCACCGCCUGGGAACCCACAGACUGGUGUGCGGACUGGCGGAUCGACAUCUACGGGACGAACGGUGCGUUUCAUGGCGUCCUGAAUCCUCCCAAGGGUGGGAUCAAUCUACGAGCCGGCAGAGGCGGAUAUGGCUCAGGAGUCACAGAGAUGCCGACUCAGAAGCCAAAGGGCGUCAGCAACCAGAUCGGAUACUAUACCCGGCAGAUAGACCUGUUACUGCAAAGGAUCGCAGACACGAACGUCCAGACUGAAUGUGCCAGCGUCGAUGCGCAGGUCAAGUUGAUGAAAGUCUUGCAGGCCAUCUACACAUCGGCCAGGGAACGUCGAUUCGUAGAUAUCAAACAAUCAUGA